CAUUUCACGAACGUAAGCGGCAUCUUACUUGCCUUUUUUUCUUCGUGUAUUGCAGUCAAAACAGAAAUGGACAUCUACGAACAACACGACGACGGUCCUGGAUUUGUAGGCAUUAAGUUUUGCAAAGAAUGCAACAACAUGUUGUAUCCUAAGGAGGACAAAGAGAACAAAAUACUUUUGUAUGCUUGUAGAAAUUGUGAUUACCAACAAGUUGCAGAUAAUCCAUGUAUAUAUGUCAACAAGAUUACACAUGAAGUAGAUGAAUUGACUCAGAUUAUUGGCGAUGUUAUAGCAGACCCCACACUUCCUAGAACAGAGGACCAUCCUUGUCCAAAAUGUCAGCACAAAGAAUCUGUAUUUUUCCAGUCUCACAGUAAUAAGGCAGAGGAAGGAAUGAGGUUAUAUUAUGUAUGUACAAAUCAACAGUGUGUUCAUCGAUGGACAGAAUGAUGUGUAAAACAGAUUCCAUUAACUACUGCAAGAAUGUAGACUUGAUAUGUUUUAAUUGGCUACAAUGGUUUGAAGGACAACCAUAGAAAUUGAAUGUAGCCAGCAGAUUACUUUUAUGAUUUCAUAAUGUUUAAGUUCAUACAAAUCAUUUCCAUUUUCAUAAGAUUGUAAUAAAAAAGGUUUAAUA